CGUGUUCUGUACCAGUAUCAUUGUAGUUCAGGUGAAGUCUAUCGGAAGUGGGUGGGAGUCGACGUCAUUUGCAGUAACUUCAAGCCCAACGCAGGCAGCUGCAGGAGUUCGUAGUGUGGAGUUCUUUGCUUCCUGUGUGGUGCGUGUGUUUGUUUUUCUGAGCUUUGCAUACAGAAGUAUGAGUUAUUAUUGAUCGACAUUACAAGAUAGAAUAAUGAACCCCAACAGGCUGUUUUACAGAGAGGAGAUCAACAAAACGGUUUGGCAAGUCCCCGAGAAAUACGUGAACUUGAAGCCAAUAGGAUCCGGAGCUUACGGCUCUGUCUGUUCAGCCAUCAAUGUCAAAACGGGAGAAAAAGUGGCCAUCAAGAAGCUGCAUCGGCCGUUCCAGUCAGAGAUCUUCUCCAAGAGAGCUUGCCGGGAGCUCAGGCUGCUGAAGCACAUGAAGCACGAGAAUGUAAUCGGGCUUCUGGACGCGUUCACUCCUGCUGCCACGCUAGAGGACUUCCAGGACUUCUACCUGGUCAUGCCUUACAUGGACAUGGACCUGUCCAAGGUCAAGGGCGUGCUCUCCGAGGACAAGAUCCAGUUCCUGGUUUAUCAGAUUCUGAAGGGACUCAAGUAUAUACAUUCAGCAGGAAUUAUUCACCGGGAUCUGAAGCCUGGAAACCUGGCCGUUAAUGAAGACUGUGAACUAAAGAUCCUGGAUUUCGGUCUGGCAAGGCACGCGGACCCUGAAAUGACCGGCUAUGUGGUGACACGUUGGUACCGAGCUCCAGAGGUCAUUCUCAACUGGAUGCACUACACCCAGACUGUGGAUAUUUGGUCUGUCGGCUGUAUAAUGGCUGAAAUGUUAAUUGGCCGCACCCUCUUCAAAGGAAAGGACUACAUGGAUCAGCUGACUGAGAUCGUGAAGGUAACGGGGGUCCCAGGACCGGAAUUUAUUCAAAAGCUGGAGAGCGUCGAGGCAAAGAGUUACAUCAGAUCUCUGCCGCAUUUCCCAAGAAAAGACUUCUCCCUGCUCUUCCCUAGAGCCAGCCCCUCUGCGGUGAACCUGCUGGAGAGGAUGCUGGUCCUGGAUGCAGAGCAGCGCAUAACGGCGGCGGAGGGGCUGGCUCACCCGUACUUCGAGCAGUACCGAGACCCAGAGGAGGAGACAGAGACCGACCCGUACGACGACACACAUGACAAAGCAAAGCUGACUGUCAACGAGUGGAAGAGGCUCUGCUUCCAUGAGGUGACGAGCUUCAUCCAGUUCCCGCGCAGAGAGUCCAAGCGGAGGAACACUCUGGUGCUGAAGUGACUCGGCCCGCAAGAGGAGCGACGUGCCUCCGACAUUCCUGAAGAUAUGCACUACGAGAAACUAAACCCAGAGAAACAAUCAACCACAGAAACCUGUUACUGACCCCAGAGCCAGUCCAUGAGGAACUUUACAUGGCUUCAUUUCAUUUAGAGUUUCCACUUUGGGAGAGACAGUACACCUGCUGCAACACUAAAUGCAGCGCAGCAUCUUAAGAAUGAAAAUCCCAGUGAAACUGACACAGUGUUGCUUCCAAGGCACCGUGUGAAAUGACACCAUGUGAAAUGUACAUUUUGAUUUGUUCUUGAGUGAUCAGUCCUGUGAUCUAACUGGAAUAAAUACAAUUUCAAGACCAAAACUACAGUCUACUACAAAACCAAAAAAAAUUCUUUAAACUUCUGCUCUUGUUGAUGAACUAGCCUUGCAAGGAAUACAUUUAGGUUUACAUGAAAAAUGCACCAGUUUUGCCAGCUCUUGGCGCGGUCUGGUCAAUUCUGAAAACAUCCCCUACAGCUGGAAAAGGAUUCGAUACUUGUCCUCUCGUUGCGCACACUCAGUGUCAUCAUGAAUGUCAAAUAUUCAGCAGUAAGGAGUUUUAAUAUGUAUCCACCAUCUCUCCCUCUCUGCUGUGCUCGCUGGUGCUCCGAUGUGUGCACGGAGAACAAUUUGUUGUAAGAGUCUCCAAUAUAUUCUUUUUUUUUUAAAUCAGAUAUCUCCUCAAAUUAAUUUGAUAAAGAAUAACUUGUUAAAGCAACUACAUAAUUAAAUAAUGCAUAAUAUACCUUUCUGUGUUAGGGGUGGAUAGGUGAAAUGGUAGUCGUAUCGGCCCAGAGGCGAUCAACGGAGAGAAGGAGAGGUGAUGCAUUUAUUGGACAAGCCUCAGGUCUCCUCUUCAGGUGAAAGCAGAAAAGAAGAGACCUUUGAGGUCUUCAACGCUUGUGAUUUAGUCCAAUAAAAGGGAUCCCCUCUCCUUCUCUUCGUAUUGUGAUGUAUUUCUGUGCUUUGUAAAGCUUUUUCAGUUUAUGUGUUUUGGCCAAAAUUGAUCCUUGUACCAUAUGUCAUAUUUUGUCAAGCACACAACAUAAUUACCUACCAGGUCUGUGCAAUAACACCACAGUGUUCCACUUCAUUACCACACCAGAGGGCAUGACCCACGACCACCACCACCCUAUAGCAGUUGAGUGAUCCAGGUUCAUUAUAACUUUUUAUACUUCUCAUUUAAUGAAGGUUUUAUCUGCCAGAAAUGUUCUCUAACAUUGACUGUAAGGCAAGAGAUUGCCGAACGUCAGAAACCAAUAGAAAUACUUAGAAGCAUAUACAAAACCGAGCAGUUCAUUGAAAGUAGCUUUAACCAAAUAAAUAAUAACACCUGGUUAGUUCUUGAUUCUAUAGAAGAGACUCCAAAUGAUUUGGAGUCUAACCUUAUGAGUGUGUCUGCUCCAUGCAACACUUCAGAAUUACCACAAGAUCAUUGCUGUGUUGAGGGAUUUGAAAAAGGGAAAAUAGACGAAAGUCAGAAAACGAGCAGGGACUGGGGGACUGUGUGAAAACGAGCAGGGACUGGGGGACUGUGUGAAAAUGAUCAGGGACUGGGGGACUGUGAGAAAACGAGCAGGGACUGGGGGACUGUGAGAAAACGAGCAGGGACUCCGGGAUUGUGAGAAAACAAGCAGGGACUCGGGGACUGUGUGAAAAGGAGCAGGGACUGGGGGACUGUGAGAAAAGGAGCAGGGACUCGGGGACUGUGAAAACGAGCAGGGACUGGGGGACUGUGAGAAAACAAGCAGGGACUCGGGGACUGUGUGAAAAGGAGCAGGGACUGGGGGACUGUGAGAAAAGGAGCAGGGACUCGGGGACUGUGAGAAAAUGAGCAGGGACUCGGGGACUGUGUGAAAACGAGCAGGGACUGGGGGACUGUGAAAACGAGCAGGGACUGGGGGACUGUGAGAAAACGAGCAGGGACUGGGGGACUGAGAAAACGAGCAGGGACUGGGGGACUGAGAAAAUGAGCAGGGACUGGGGGACUGUGAGAAAGUAGGUGGGGGAGGCGGAGGCCGAGGCUGGGUGGGCAAGAUUCUAUUACUCGUGAGACAUAUCGAGUAUUGAGCACAGAUAACUGAUGGGUGAAAUCAAGGGGGAGGUGCUGCUUGUGGGUGACUCAGUAUUACUUCUGUAGUAAAGAUCCUCUACACAGGGUAGCUACUUGCCUCCCUGGAGCCAAAGACAGAGACAUUGAGUCGAGAAAUAAAAUACUUGACAUCAGAGAGAAGAUUUUACAGACUCCAUCUAUUAUGGACCAUUCUUCCUUACCUGAACCAACUAGACCUGAUAGAGUGACGCUGGAGGCUUUUUUUUCUGAUUACCUUACAAGACCUGACUGCAUUAGUUCUGCAUAUGAGACCUGCGUGUGCCCUUGAUCCUAUCCUGACCAAAUUAUUAAAAGAUGUUUUCUGUGUUUAUUAAUACACGCAUUUUACCAAUUCUGACUGAAUCACUUUCCUGUGGUAUAGUUCCCUCUGCAUUUAAGGUUCCGGUGGUAAAGCCCUUGCUCAAAAGAAACAACCUGGACCCUAAAUCCUUUAUUAACUAUAGGCGCAUAUCCAAUCUGCCAUUUUUAUCAACACUUCUAGAGAGAGUUGGUGCCAACCAAUUACAUACGUUUCUAGCUUGUAAUACUGUAUUUGAGAGUUUAUCAGGAGAUGUCCUGUCUUGGUUUAGGUCUUUCUGGUAGGUUUCAGUUUGUCUCUAUCAGGGAGAUGAAGUCUGAUUUGUCAGAAGUUGCCUGUGGUGUUCUGCAGGACUCUAUUUUGGGUCCUUUGUUGUUUUCAUUGUAUGUGCUGCCAUUAGGUGACAUUAUCCGCAGGCAUGGAGUGAACUUCCAUUGCUAUGCAGAUGACACUCAGCUAUACUUGUCUUUGGAUCCAGGCAAUCCUUCUACUGGGGUGCUGCUAACUGCUUGCCUUGCUGACAUCAAGUGUUGGAUGUCGCAGAGCUACUUAAUGCUAAAUUCUGAUGAAACAGAGUUCAUGCUGGCAGGCUCACAGCACCAACUAAAAAAUGACAAUUUUACAGAAGUUAGACCUUAGCAGUCUCUCAUCGGAAACUAAAACUGGAAAUGAGAAAUUUGGGGGGUCAUUUUUUUAUCCUGAUCUAUCAUUUGAGACUUGAAUUAGGAAAAUGAUUAAAGUAUAAUGUUAUCAAUUGAGAAAUAUAUCUAAACUUACACCUAUUAUUUCUGUACCUGAUGCUGAGAGGCUAAUGCAUGCCUUUGUUUCAUCAAGAAUUGACUAUUGUAAUAUGCUUUUCUGUGGGAUUCAAAAACGUUUGGUAUCAUCAAAUGCCAUUGCAUGAAUAUGAACUAAAACCAGAAAAAGUGAACAUAAAGGUUUUAUUAUACAAUAUAA